AUGAUAAAACCGAUAUUCACAAGAGUUAAAAAUGACAAGAUCGGUGUAAGGAAAAGCUGCAAAAGAGAAGAUUGACACUAAAUGGAGCCUGAAUUGACAAGAUCAAUAUCGGAAAGGGUUGUAAUAUUUACUUGACUAUAAGAAAAAAAUGUUAUCUUAGUGAAGAAGUUCACUUAAUAGGAAAUGGAAAACAACGACACCGUUUUCGUGGUUGAUAUGAUUGUUAUGCGUUCUCGUCUCCGUAAAUCUAGAAAGAGAAAACGCAGCUACCUCAACCGAAGAAAGAACAAUCAGUUGAAUAACAGCCAGCCCGAAUCAAUCAAUCAAAUGUCGGCACUUUUUAAUUUUCAUUCGUUUUUGACGGUAGUGCUGCUCGUGAUUUGCACUUGCACUUAUUUGAAGAUGCAAUUUCCCACUAUCCUCGAACAGAAAACUGGGUUUCGGGGAUUCUUUUGGAAGGCAGCAAGAAUAGAGACAUUACUGAAGACCUUCAGCCAUGCUACUCUUCAAAAUGAAGUCGAUAUAUCAUUGAUGGAAAUUGAGAUCUUUUGCAUGGAACUUCUUCCAUUUAAUAUGACUUAGCUGAAAGUGAAAAAUCUGUACCAUAUCCAACCACUACAAACUCUGGGAGGAUGAAUUUGCCACAUGUAAUUUAGAAAUAGAUUCUCUAUAUUUCUUGUUUGAUACAUAGAAAAUGGCAUAGAAGGACACUUAUGUUUCACAAGCCAGGUGUACUGACUUUUUAGUUGUUGGCUGCCACAAACAAAGUAUACUCUCUCAUUUAUAUUAUAAAUAUGCGUCUAAAGUUUA